AUGGUCCGCAACAGGGCAAAUGUUGCUGUAAAACGACAAGGAGUCAAUUCUACGUCCCAGUCAGUGCCCAAGAUAAAUAAGGUUCGGCAAUCUCAACUACCACCGAAAACGGAUGAAGUCGAGAAUCUGAAAAAAGAACUGAAAAAACUUGAAGAAGAUCGUUGUAAAAUGGGGCAACAUCUUGCAAAAGAAGACCGACGAUUGAAGAGAGAAACAUUCCGCUAUGAAAGAGAUGCUGACCAUCACGAAGAGCAACUACAGAUCACCUAUUUUCCAUUUUUCCCUACUACCCUAUAUACUCAUGCAUAA